CUGGUGUCGGCCUUUAACUGGUGCCAGCAGCAAACCGGCCAUGAGGGUCCAGAGCAGCCCUGGAAUUAAACAGGGGACAUCAACAGGCAAACCAUGUCUUUAAACUACAUCAAAAACUUCUAUGAAGGAUGCCUCAGGCCUCCUACGGUGAUAGGCCAGUUCCACACCUUGUUCUUCGGCUCGGUGCGGAUGUUCUUCCUGGGCGUUCUUGGCUUUGCUGUCUACGGAAAUGAGGCACUGCACUUCAGCUGCGACCCCGAUCGCCGAGAACUCAACCUGUACUGCUACAACCAGUUCAGACCCAUAACACCUCAGGUCUUUUGGGCGUUACAACUGGUAACAGUGCUGGUUCCUGGAGCGGUCUUCCACCUCUACGCAGCCUGUAAGAACAUUGACCAGGAGGAGAUCCUCGAACGACCGAUCUACACCGUCUUCUACAUCAUUUCUGUUCUUCUACGCAUCAUUCUGGAAGUCAUCGCUUUUUGGCUACAGAGCCACCUCUUUGGCUUCCAGGUCCACCCGCUGUAUAUGUGUGAUGCCAGUGCUUUGGAAAAGGUCUUUAAUGUGACUAAGUGCAUGGUGCCCGAACACUUUGAAAAAACCAUCUUCCUCAGUGCCAUGUACACCUUCACUGUGAUCACCAUACUUCUCUGUGUUGCUGAGAUAUUUGAGAUACUCUGCCGACGGCUUGGCUAUCUCAGCAACCAAUGACACAUACACACAUGCAUACAUAAAAUGACUAAGGGUGAAAAUAUAUGACACUUAUUCUGCCAGUUUUUAUCGGGCUCUUGGUUAGCUACUGCUGGACUUUUAUGAAGCAGGAAGCUGGCGUAAGAGCAUAACCUCACCUGUGGUCCAUCGUGAGUGAGUUGCACCAAGAAAUCUGAGAAUGUGCAACAAUGUCAUAGCUGGCUAGUCUGAAAUAUUCUCUAGGUGUUUUUUGCCCUUAACUAUAGAGUGAUCAUCCCUAGUCGUAUUUCAGAUAUCAGUGGGUCUGUACUGGCUGUGUCCAGGGGUCUUGUAUGGACGUGAUGGCCAGAGAAUAUGCACCUCUGACUCUGAACCGUUGGAGGAUGGGAAAGAAAGAUUUCUGUUUUUAUUUUUUCCACAAGAUGACUGAAGGACAGGCAUCAACUUCAGGGUGCUACUAAUACCUUUGACCAUGGUUGAAUUAGAGCACAAGGAAGGCGUAGUUUGUCAUGAACUUGGUGGCCCAUAACAGUUUGAGGGUCCCUCGACCCUGUUCUUGUUGUUGUACCAAGUUGUACCUCAGAUCAGAUACUCUUACAAAGAAACACUCUGGAAGCAUCAGCUGCACACAUUUUUGCCAAAUGUUUAAGGGCCUGGAGUGCACUAAACACAUCAAGGUUCAUCGACCAAACUUGAUGCACCUUUGUUGGGCUAUGUUCCCUUAUGGCAUGCCAACAAUGAACCUAAAAAGCUCUUUUUCAGGAGAUUUCAGAAAGCUUUUAUGAAAAGGUACAAAGUUUUAAUGUAACAUGCUAACAGCCAACAAUGCAAAUGUUUUAGCUACACACAUAAUUCUGUAUGAAAGUGCAGAUAAACACUAUAGUCUCGCUUGUCUUCCUGGUGCUGAUCAAACAUGACAAGCAGAUUAUAGAGCUGGCAAUGGAUUAUCACUCAUGUCAUUCUUAAGACACUGUGAUCCAGUAACCUUACCCAUGGGCCAGUGAACUGCAGGUGCCAGUGUUCCUGACACUUCCAUGUGUGACAGUUAUCGCUUCCAAUAUGUGUCUGUUAUUGCUUCCAGCUGGUUCUGACCUUUACUUCCAUCAACAUGAGUGCCGCAACUUUGUUGUUGACUUUUUGAUGGAGGUUGUCUGCCUUUUCAGAUAUGUGUUUCAGCUUGGCGGGUCUUAAACAACCUUCAGCUUGACUUGCUGUCUCAAAACAGGCCCCCCAACUCAUGCACCAGAAAGGCUAAAAUUAUGAUGCCAUCACUAAAAAUGGUAUCACUCUUUGAGGGUAAAGCUCUCCCCAUAGAUAAAAAGCAUUUAAUGGGUUGAUGUAAUAGUCUAAAGAUAAUAAUUAAACACUUUCUGGCUUUUAUUUUGAAACUUUAAAGAAAUUUAUAGUCUGAAGAAUCAGCGACUUACACAAAAAUAUUAUUGAAAUUUGGAUAUACAAAUGUGUUGGAAUGAAAACAUAUAAAAUAUUUAACAAUUGUAAAAAAAAAAAAA